AUGAAGGCCACACUCUCUUCCGUUCUCCUCGCCGCUCUGGCGGGGUCUGUUGUGGCUGAGAAGAUCAACACGUCUCAGUUCAACGCGCAGUUCCUCCAGGCGUACACGGCCCCCAACGCCGUCGAAAUGUCGGCCAUGGGAGCCACCCCCUGCGUCGACGGCAAGGCGGGUGAAUAUCAGUGCAACGGCUUGGACCUGAUGGGCUUCCUCCGCCACCAGGACAUGGGCAGCCGUACCCGUGUUGGCAACGACGUCUGGGGCUGGACUCACUCCUCGAGCGGUCGCGAGUUUGCUCUUUUCGGCCAGAGUGACGGUACCGCCUUUGCCGAGGUGCACAAGGACGGCAGCCUGACGUAUGUCGGCCGCCUGCCCACCCAGACUGUCGCCUCGUCGUGGCGUGACAUCAAAGUUAUCAAGAACUAUGCCUACAUUGGCUCCGAGGCACCAGAACACGGCCUGCAAAUCUUUGACCUCACCAAGCUGCUCACGGCCGACCCCAACAACCCGCCCUCGUACAGCGUGAGCCGGGACCUUGCCGCACACUUUGCCGGCUUCGGUAGCAGCCACAACCUUGUGGCCAACGAGGCCACCGACCUCAUCGCCGCCGUGGGUACCGAAUACCGCCUCAAAUGCCGCGCCGGCUUGUGGAUGGUUGACGUGUCCAACCCCCUCCGGCCUCAGGACGCCGGCUGCGUGUCGUCGGACGGCUACGUCCACGAUGCUCAGUGCGUCAUCUACCGCGGUCCUCAGACUGCCUACCAGGGCCGCGAGAUCUGCUUCAACUUCAACGAGGACGCCCUCACCAUCGUCGACAUCUCGCGUCGCACCAUACCGCGCCAACUGUCGCGUACUACUUACAACGGUGCCACCUACACCCACCAAGGCUGGGUCACCGAGGAUCAUCGGUACCUGCUGCUCGACGACGAGCUCGACGAGCAGUAUCAGACGGGCCCGGCUGCGGACCAGCACACGACCACGUACAUCGUCGACAUCCAGGAUCUGGCCUACCCCGUCUUCCGCGGAGUUUACAAGAGCCCACAGCGCUCCAUCGACCACAACCAGUACAUCAUCGACGGGCUUUCCUGGCAGGCAAACUAUGGUUCAGGUCUGCGAGUCGUCAACGUCACCUCCAUCAACCAGGACGACACGGGCGCCGGCUUUGAGGAGGUGGCCUACUUUGACAUUCACCCCGAGGACGACGAGGUGGGCGGCGAGGCAACCUUCAACGGUGCCUGGUCCGUCUACCCCUACUUUCAAAGCGGUAACGUCCUCAUCAGCUCCAUCGAGCGCGGUCUCUAUUCGGUCCGCCGUUCGACUUGA